CACCAUGUCUUGUCUCAUAUAUACAUCUAUAGCGCAAUAAUGCAGUGGAUGCUCCUGGGAACGAGGACUUAGUACCUGACGAAUAUUUUGAUGAGUGAUCUUUGGAUAUGCAAUUUACGCUUACUCUCUUGCUUGGUUGGGCUACAUGUGUUGUUUUUGCCGGUACCUCAUUGACACUCCAUUCCAACUGUUGCACUUUGUCUGUGUCCUCCAAGAAUCUCUGUCUCCAGCAGUCAAGGACUCGUGGACCUUCAACAGUCUAUCUUCUCUCCUCUCGAACAGGCAGCGAACCCAGGCUAAUUGGGAAUGCGGGUGACGUGAAGUGCCGCUACCUCUUCCAAUGCGCUCGGACUGACAUCCAGGAAUCACAUUCGAAUUUCUGGAGUUCGGUCGAGAACUCUAUCGAGUUCGUGAUCACGCGUCCGAACGGUUGGGAAGGUCAACAACAACAACAACAACAACAACAGGUAACAGGUUAGACGCGCUGUCGAGAUCGCCGGUCUCAUCUAAUCUAAGGAGGAGCAAUCUUACGUGCACCUCUUGACCAAUGGCGAAGUAAUCAUUUCUGUUUUACCAGCAUGAUUGCGUCGGAUAUGUUCUCUAAAAACCUUAUAGAUGUGUCAGAUUACUCG